AGCUGGGAUCUGAGGCCAGACAACAGGUCUGCUUCUGGAAUCCGAGCUUUGACCGCCGGACGAUCCCACGUCCAUAGCCUGUUCAUGGAAUGCUGACUAUUGUGCUCAGUGCUGGGGCACAUGAGUGCACAAAAUUAAUCCCCAGCCUCCAAGAACUUGUAUUUUGGGGGACACUGGAAGUAAACAAGUGGCCGAGUAGACAUGAGGUCGGGGGUACCCAGUGGGAGGAACACAAGAAGCAGAGUCAGACCGGGGAGCUGCUGUUCAAAUGAGUCUCCCUGGGGAGGUGACAGAGGCUGUGCAGGGGUGAGUGGGAACCUCGGAGGUGGGUCGAAGGACAUUGCAGGCAGAGGUGAGGUGCACCAAGUCUCCAAGCCCAGAGCCCGCCCACGGUGCUGGAGGAGCAGCCAGUGGCUGGGGGGCUGCAGGGGAGGGAGGGGGCAGCAGGGAGGGCGUGGGGGAGGCGGCCUGAGCCCCUGGGAGCGCUGGGAUCUUUCUAGGUGGGAUGGGGGCUCAGCAGAGUGGGCUGAGCGGCGCAGGGGCAGGGCAUGAGGCUGACAGAGAGGCCCCUGUGGCCUUGGGUGGAGGAUACGGUGCAGGGUCACAUGGUGAGUGGGGAGCCUGGGAGAGGACCCGGCGGAGGGGCUGCUGGUGACUUAGCAUCAAUUCGGAAGCGGGAGAUCUGGCACCAAAGCCCCAGACUACCAAUGCAGCUCUGCCCCCUCCUGGCUUCGGGGCCCUGGACAGUUUAGCAAGAGGAGCCCCAGGUUCUUCAUGGGUAGAAUCAAGACAGGGGUGGGACAUGGGAGAUUCGUGAACUACUUGGGAGCCGACAGGCCUUCCUGAUGGCUCAGAUGUGGGGAUGCAGGAGGAAAGGUCUGAGGUGUCCCCAGGACCUGGGCUUGGGCACCGUGGAUUGUGGUGGUGCCUCCAAGGGCAUUCUGGAGCACAACCGGGGUCUCUUGGAGCAUGGGUGAGCUCACUGGCCCCGCACAGGCCCAGGGACUCGCCCAGUGACUCCUGUAGCAGCUCCCCGUCCCCACUGUGCUGAGAGCUCGGGGGUCGGGGCCAUCCAGUCCUGUGUUCAAGGACAUGCAUGGAAGGUGUGGGGAAGAGAGUCUCAGCCUCACUGUGACUGGUCCAAGAGCCCCCACCUCCCCCGGCCACAGACAGAGUCCCUGCAUCUCCAGGAGGGUGUCCAGCCCUAAGCCCAAGGUCAGCACAGAAGCCACGCGGCCCAGCACGUGUUCUCGGGCUCAAGGUUGAGCUCUCUGCCCACCAGGGAGCUGCAUCCAGGCAGGAUGGAAGGUUCCAGAAGAGCCUGAGUCUGGGAGUAGGCACUGCCACCUUGAGCUCUCGGGGUCUGCCCAGCAAGCCCCCUUUGUGGGGGGAGACCCUGUGAAUGGUCAGGGGGAUCCUUGGGCUCCGGGGUGGACAGUGGACCCCAGACAGGGCAACCUUUAUUUCAGAUGAAUAAACUGGCAUUUUACUUUGUGUAUCAUUCCUGACAACACUGCGGCAGCACGAGCGUCACCACGUCUGCACAUUAGUGAAGAUUAUCGCAAUUCCCGGUGUGGAACAGAGUCCUGAGCACAAGACAGGACUUUGAGAGUCUCCGCUUGGGGCUGCAGAGCCCUGCGGGGACUUGGGCGACAUCCCUGAACUCAGAGGGAGAAGGCGAGGCCACAGAGGACCCAUAGGCCCAGGCAGAGCCAGCAGGGAGGCGGCCGGCCAUGGGCGCCUGCUCAGAAGACCCCCAUUUCUGCAAGGCCUCUGGGCUCCUGCGAUUCACCAGCCUCCUCCUCAGUGUCUGCAGCGCUGUGACCCAGAGUCCUGGAGCCCGUGGGUCUGCCGUGGAUGAUUCUGGAAACCCUGUUCCUCUGAAGGGGAUUCAAGGAGCUUCUGUGCUGUUUCCAGUGAUCAGAAAACCAGAAUUACUUCCAGAAGUCGAGCUGGAGAAUAUUACUUGGGGCAUUAUAAAUCAAAAACUGUACACACCCGUACUCCAAGUCAGUCCCAGGGGAGAUGUUCCACAAUGGGUCAACUUCCAGGACAAGUUCGAGAAGAGGGUCCAUGUGGUCAACACAACGACCCUGAGCAUUGACAACCUGACCCUUGAGGACAGUGGGCUGUACCGGGUUCAACAGUCCUAUACAAAAGGAAGACAGUAUCACCAGGAUUUCCACCUGACGGUCUACGAAAUCCGAUGCUGUGAGGUCAGCGCAAGUGCAGGCAGAGCUGAGACUCACUCCAGGGACGAGUCACGUCUGUGCUUCAGGAGGGAACACGGAAUGGGGAGAAACGGGGAUUUUGCCAUAAUACUCAUUGUCCCCAUAGGACUCCGGGUCCUUAGUGAGAUGCUUACUGUCUUGUGCUGCUGUAACAGGUGACUGCACCUCAGUGGCUGACCACACCACCCCCUGGGGUCCUCCUGGGCUGUAGGGCGGGAGUCAGACCCCAGAGCCUCUACCAUGAGGUCCAGGAGUCUGCAGGGCUGUGCUCCUCUCUGGAGGCUCCGGGGUAGGGGCACCAGUAUCCCCUGGCUUCUGGACCCUUCCUCCCCCAUCACAGGUGGCACUGGUGGGAUGAGUCCCUGACACCGUGUCCCUCCCACCUUCUCUGCUGCCUCCUCCCACUUGUGAGGACCCGGUGAUCACACGGGGCUUGUGUAGGGAAUCCAGACCAUCUCUAGUUUACAGUCAGCUUGUUUUCAACCUCAGUUCCCCUUUGCCAUGGAACCUAAGACAUCUUCAGGCUCUAAGGGUCAGCACAUGGCCAUGGUUGGGGGACACUCGUCACCUAGCAGGAUCCAGAAUCCUGCGUGUGGUUCUCCCCGCCCCGUCCCCUCAUCCUUCUCAGCCCCAGCCCGAGUCAGCUCACUCACGGACUGCACGGUCCCCCUCUGAACCCCCACGGAUGGAGAAUUCACAGGGUAGCCCUUCCUCAGACCCUCAGGGAGCAGCUGUCUCUGUGUGCACCCCUCCCCCCUGCACAGGGAGACGUCCUGCUCCAGAGAGAGUGGCCUUCGCAGCCUCCGGACCCGGAGAUUCCGAAGACUGACUCUCAGCCUGUCCCACGUUUUCCUGGGAGGACCCCAAGCUCAGUUGCUCACUAGGAAUGGCCUAGUGACUCCCACCGCGGUCUCUCCUGGUGGAGACUGAGUCUGAUCUCCGGGCUUCCAGAGUUGGCCAGUGGCAGUCUAUACCAUGGAUUGUGUGGUCCCAGGAACCCUCUGAGCAGAAAAAUCAAGACCAGGACACAGAGAGGGGCAAAUCCUGUUCCUGACUUCUCCUUGUUCAGGGCGACACCCCACUCUCUCAGAAUUCAUGGAUUAUUGGGGGAACCUCCAGCAACUGUUUUCUCAUGAGAGAUUAGUAAGACGUGCUCAGUCCAGUGAAAUCACAUAGAGCUGAACUCAGUGGCUCUCUUCCUUUUUAGCCUCUCUGUAUAUUUGGGUCAAUUCUCUGUGAUCUGUAAU